CAUGGCCUACUGCAUGACUGCUAUUUGCGUUCAAUGAAAAAAAGUGACGUGUAGUGGAUGGAUACGAUUACCAAUCCAUUGUGAGGAUUUCGCAAGAGAGUUGGGUGAAUUCCUGAAAUGAGGACAGUUUGUGGAACUGUUAGUGCUUAAAUCCUUCAUUUCUAGCUGAUCAAGUUUAGCUGAAUGUGCCAAAAUGAUCGUGCUCGUGAAAAAGCCUGAUCAGAGCAUCUGUGAGAUCGAAGUUAACCCCAAAUCGCUGGGACAAGAAUGCCUCGAUCAGGUCUGUCAGAAACUAGGAACGAUUGAGAGUGACUACUUUGGGUUGCAGUUUACGAGGAAAAACGGUGGUGACCCAAUGUGGCUGAACCUACGAAACCCGAUCAACUCUCAGGUGACCGGUUCGUCACCUCUUCGACUGCAGCUUCGUGUCAAAUUUCAUGUACAGCCACAUUUAGUCCAGCAAGAAGUUACGAGACGGCUGUUCUUCCAAGAUCUGAAAUUAGACCUUGUCAACGGCAAACUCAUCGCCUCGGUCAAGGAAACAGCUCGUCUCGCCGCCCUGCUAGCCCAGGCCGAGCAAGGCAACUACAACCCACACAGCCAGCACUACGCCAGCCUUCCAGACACUUGCUGUAAUGAUGACUUCAUCACGCAGGUCAUGGCGGAGCACAUCAGGCUGCGCGGUAUGAAACAGUCCCAGGCCGAGCACAAGUUCUUCCAGGAGGUGGCGGCACUGGAGAGUUACGGAGUGGAGCUCUACGACGCGAAGGAUACCAACGGAAGGAGUGUCUUGUUUGGCGUCGGCCCACACGGUAUUCAUCUGUACAGCACCGAGCCCAAGAUGGAAUGCCUCGAAAGAAUUGGUCUUGAUCUGAUGUUGAAGGAGUCACUUAACGGCAAGUGCUUCAGCGUGACCUAUCCACACGAAGUCAACGGCGAGUUGUCUCCAGUCACCACGUCAGUCAAACUUCAGAGCAAAGAGGCCGCAGAGGCACUGUACCGAGCCAUCACGGAGAAACACGAAUUCUUCAUCUGCGAUACGGUCCAGAAGGAGAUCCGAUCGGAGUGCGUGCGCGACUUCAAGGGGACCCUGGCCUCCAUCUUCACUGAGAAUACCGAAUACGGCAAGAAGUUCAUGUUUGACGUGCAGCGCACUUGGAAAGAGGUGUAUGACCACACCAGAAGAACGUUGCAUCGUGCCGGGGCUACUGUGACCAAGAGUCCAUUCACGGACCCUGCAGAGCAGGAGGAAGCAGCCUGUGCAAUGACCGGCGUGGACGAAGAAUCCAGUGUUAAAGUCCUACAGAACAAACUGGAGACAAUCACGAACGGUUUCACCUGCAAGGUGUGCAUGGCCACCCGUCUGGAUACAGCCUUCUUCCCUUGUGGUCACCUGUUGUGUGGGGCCUGCGCUGAACAGGUGGAGGUUUGUCCUCACUGUAGGGGACCGAUCCAACAGAGACUUCGCAUCUUCUUGUCAAUUGAGUCCCUCUCUGAUGAGUGUCCAAUCCAAGUCGAAUGAUUCGGCCACAACUCAGCUUGACACUCAUAUCAUACAUUACCUACUUUUGUUCAUGUUUACAUGUAGUUGACUCUCAUUAAUUCAAACUCUGUUACAACAUUUUGGUGAUAAUGAACAUAAACUGAACAAUAAAUUCUCGGUCCCGAUCGUGCAUGUUUAGGCGCUCCUGUGAAUAUAUAAUUCAGAUAAAACAAAAAUGAACAGUUUCGGCUGAGUUUGUUUGAAUGCGAGUUAACUGUAUGCUUUUUUAUUGUUCAGUCUCAGGCAUACUUGCUUCAGUUUGAAUCCAGCAACAGGAUUUCAUUUGGUAGCUUUCAUUAAUGAAUACAUGAGCAGUUUAGCUUAGGAGUGCAAUAUACGCUUUUUGUCUGAAGUCUAAAAUAUCUGUUUGUGAAAGAAGUUUUUCAAUGUCACAAGGUACCAUGGUGUCAAAACUUUUCUGUUCCAUGUGCCUGCAUCUUUUUGUUUCUGAAAAAAAAUGUGGGUUUUUUUCCCCUUCAAAUUUUAAAGAUGCGUUUUAAUGAGUUAUUCGUAGAAAACGGUGUAAUGUACAUUUGUUGGAUCUGAACUCUACAGAUUAUUUAAGUGUCAUUACAACUUGUGGAAGCAAACUUAAUUUCCAAACAUUAAGUUCUGUCAUUGAUCUGACAAAGUUUGGAAAGUUUGUAUUUUAGUUGCUGUAUGUGAAUAUUUUUUUCUGAAGGCUGGAGUCUGUCUAUUGUGCAUUGGCAGUGUGUGAAGGAUCAUACGUGAACACGACAGCAACACCCAUUGAAAAUGGGGUUCGUCUGAUAAAACGUCAUAAUUCAUGGCCAACAUUAAACUCACAAUAAUACAACAACUUUUAAGUAUUUUUCAGAAUUUGAAAGGUGUCACAUUUGCGAAAUAACUCCUGUCCGCCAAUUGCACAAUGGACUGUCUGAAAUCAACCCACCUUAUUUAUAAUGCCUUUUUUUUAAUCAAAGGUCUGUGUACAAAGUGAAAAACAGUAUUAAUAACAAAAUCUCCUGAAGGUUUCUGAAUACUUGAAUCUCUUCAUAAUUUUUUUGUUGUCAAAAUUAAUGAGGUUUUAGUUUGUCAAAAUUGCCAAAAAAAAAUAUCAUUGUUUCUGUUUUGUAAUUUGUAGUUUUUGCUCGGUGUUGUUUGUAACGUUUGUAAUUAGCUAUUUUUUCAUAUUUAUUGACAGAUCAAAUCUGUUUACAUAUCUUUGAAGUGUACAUCUGACUAUUCACAAAAUGGCGAACAAAAGAUACAUGUAACAUCUUUUGUGCCGUGCUACUUUCUUAGAAAGUUUUGUUACUGAAGAUCUUUCUUUUCCUUUAUUUUUAGUUCUUGUCUGUAUAGAUUUUUGGAUCAGUUGUAAGGUUUGCUAUGUUGUAAUGUGGUUUUGAAAACAUUCUUACAUGUACGCAACUAUCGGGUGUUUGUAAAAAGUAAUUUAUUUGGGAGAAAAAAGUUGUUAAAAAAAUUACUUUAACACGUCACAUAUACUUGUUUCUUGCCCUAUUAUUUUCUUUCCCCCCCCCCCCCCCCCACCCCGACCCAUUACGACUACUUAGAUUGGCAAAAGUCACAUUGCUGAAGCUCUGGUAUCACAACACCUUGUCUACUCAUAUAUGUGAUUGUGAUACAUGAUACUACAUUUUGUUAGUCGUUCUGUGUCAGCAGACAAUGAAACAAUCAGUUCAUGUUAUUCAUCAUUUAUCUUAUAUCAAUGCAAUUUAUGAAACUAGCAAUGCAGUAAAACCCUUUCCUACUUGUUAUUUUUUUUUAAAUAUAUGUUGUAACUAUUUAAAAAUCUUUUUGAAAGUCACAUGAACAUAUUUGCAUUUUUGUGUGUGUGCGUGUUUUCCAGAACUACUCAAGGUCGUACAUAUUUAUUAAAAAAACCAACAAUUUCUUUAUAGCAGUUAAAUGAGGAAAUUUCUUUUCAGAUCAUAUCUGUGACGCUUUGUGAUUCCAUGUAAUCGUUAAAGUAGGUUAUAAAGUCAUAUUUUGUAUUGUAUAACAUUGUUUUACCCAGAAAAGAAGACAUGUUGUAAAUGUAAAAAGGAACGUGUAUUUAGGUAAUUAACUUUCAAGAUUUUAGAAGAGUCACAGUUUCGUUUAGCCCUCAAAUGAAUUCGUUGCAAAUUAUUCAUGUGCACUUGCACAUUGCUUGUGCUUUGAAGUACUUUUGCAUACAUUCAGAAGUAGAAUUCAUCAAUAGUUUUUGUCUUAUAAAGUGAGAUGCUAAUUAGACCCAAUUUUUGGAUUAUGUAGGAAAUUCCUCUUUUGUCAUGUGAACGUGUUUAUGUUUGAAGCGUCAGGUAAAGCAGUAUUAGUUCACAGAUUAAAUUUUGUUACUAAGUGUUUAAUUCAUUCCAGAAAAAUGUUGGUUCUUUUUAGGGAAUGGGGAAAAGGCCACUGAAUUUACCCUGUUCCAAUGUUCCAAUUUGUUUGAAUGUCUUCUCUUCAAAGGUAUUUUUAAGAUGUUUUUAUUUUACCUCAAACAUGUUACUCUGGAUAUGCACCGGGUGUGUUAUUUUGAAUAAUUAAGUCAAAAUGUUGACAUCACUUGCGUUAAAUCCAAUUUACAAAUCUUUUAAUGACAUUAAGUGUCGGAUGAAGCAUGUACAAGUUGCAAACGUGAUCUUGCUCUUAGUAGUCUCACUUAGUUUACCUUCGGAUGAACUCUUUGAUCGUUAAGUUGAAGGUCUUUAACACAAUAUACUUGCAUAGAAUCAUGAGCAUGCUUCGAACAUUGAAUAUAAUUAGUAGAUGGUUUAUUAGCAUAUGUGACAACGUCUGGUUGUCCCCAAUUAGCAUGAGAGACUAUUUUAAAGAUCAAUCUAUAUGCUGGCAUAUUGUUAUAGAUAGUCCCAUGUGGGAAGUUGGUUUUAGUUUUUAUGCCGUAAUUUUAUCAAACUUCAUGUCAUAAUAUUGUCUUUUAGUUCAUUAUAUGUUGUUGGAUUCUGAAAGCAGGAAGUGGAGGAUGACUCUCAACUCGUCAUAAAAAUAUUUUGUAGCUUUGUCAGUAAAAUGAAAUAAACAAUUGUACCAAGUACAGAAAAUAGA